AUGGACGAAACAGAUAGAUCUAUUUCUCGAUUAUUUAGAACAUUCAAGACCGUUAAAGAAAUGGUUAGAGAUAGAGGAUAUUAUAUUUCUCAGGAAGAAAUUGAUAUGACAUUAGAAGAAUUUCGUUCCAAAAUUUGUGAUUCAAUGGGUAAUCCACAACGUAAACAAAUGUGUUUUCAAGCACAACCAACAGGGGAAACAUUAGAAAAAUUUCCAGAAUUAGGAUCAUUAUGGGUUGAAUUUUGUGAUGAAUCAAGUGUUGGUAUUAAAACUAUGAGAAAUUUUUGUAUUCAUAUAACAGAGAAAAAUUUUUCAACUGGUUUAUUUAUUUAUCAAAAUUCAAUUACUCCAAGUGCUAAUAAAUUAAUUCCAACUGUUAGUCCAAGUGUAAUUGAAAUUUUUCAAGAAAGUGAUUUAAUUGUUAAUAUAACUCAUCAUGAAUUAGUUCCAAAACAUUUGAAAUUAAGUAAAGAUGAAAAAGUUGAAUUAUUGGAAAGAUAUAGAUUAAAAGAAUCUCAAUUACCCAGAAUUCAAAGAGAAGAUCCAGUUGCAAGAUAUUUGGGUUUGAAAAGAGGUGAAGUUGUUAAAAUUAUUAGAAGAUCUGAAACUUCUGGUCGUUAUGCAUCUUAUAGAAUUUGUUUAUAA